AUGCCAAGUAAAUUGAUCGCGCUUCUUCUUCUGAUUUGUAUGGUUUCCGUUGCCUGCAACAAGUUCGUCGCAAUGAUUGAUCAACCUGUAGUUGAUCCGGAAGAGACAAUCGACCUGGAAGAGGACAAAAAAGUGUGCUUCUGUUGCCGAGCAUUCGUUUGCCGCCAUCAAUUAUGUCCAUGUUCUCGAUUCACCGCUCUAUUCUGA